CCUCUCGAAACGAGACAAUCUGGCUCAAAGUCGUUUAUGGGUUCUAACCUGUACUUUUUACCAGGUUUGUCAGACUCAGACCAAGAUGCGUACAUCAGCACCCUCCAGAGCUAUGGCGCCAAGGUUGUCCGUGUGUGGGUGAAUGGCCAAGCUGGAAACGGACAAUGCGAGAAGGGCAGCAAGCUCUCAGUACAAGUUCCGCAGCUCGAGACUACGCUGGGCACGUACAACGAUCAGACUCUUGACGCCGUCGACAAGGUCAUCCAGAAGCUAUCUGAAAAGGGCAUCAAGGCCAUCAUUUCGCCCCACGAUGCGAACUCGCUCCUCGGCGACUACAGGAAGGACGUGUAUUACGACAAGUUCGGCAAGGACAACUUCUACAGCUCGCAAGAUGCCUUCGACGCAUUUGACAAGCGUAUCGACCACAUCCUCAACUACAAGGGAGCUACCUCGGGCAAAGUCUGGAAGGAGUGGAGCGACGCCAUCUUGGCAUUCGACAUCCAGAACGAACCCAUGUCCUCCAACCUCAACGUAUGCAAGAACAACGACCCGAAGGGUUGGCUCUGCGGCCGCGCCAAGAAAUUCCGCUCAACCCUUGGCGCCGACAACAAGAUCCAAAUCGCGACCGGCGGCAUAGGUGGCGACAUCUCACACGACUGCACCUUCAUCUCCGCGGCAACGCAAUGCUCCGAGAUCGAUUUAAUCGCCGUGCACCGCUACGGCGGCGGUGAAUCCUCGAACCAGAACCAGUGGCAGAACAGCGCGAAGGGAUGGCUACAACAGGCAAACGGCAAGCUCGUGUUCAUUGAAGAAUGGGGUGUGAACACCGGCUCCUACAGCCCUAAGAGCGAGCUCCCCGCCAACGCUGAUGAUAUCAACAAGGCUGGAAUCCCGAACUUGUACUGGCAAUUCCUGCCUAAGGCUACUUGCAGCUACGACCCUCGCAACGACAGCGGUGACAAGUUCGGCAUCUUCGUCGACAGCGACACUGAUAUUGCAUCCGUUGUUAAGGGCGCUUCUAACGCUGCCGCUGCCCAGGACUGGUCUAAGGUCCUCGGUUAGAACAGUCUCGGUUUAGUCUCGGUCGUGUUGGCAUAUUCGUUCCGGGAAGCCCGAAUUUUGAUGGCACAUAUUGGUUAGAGUUGUACAUAAGUAACCUUGUAUUACUUACUUCAUAGUCUUUCGUUUAUAAUAUUACAUCUGGCUCGAUUGUAUCACCAUUUCCAAGCCUGCGCUAGUUGAGAAGGGAUGUGUAACUCACCGUAUUACACCACCGAAGUGUUCGGAAGCGUCUGCGAAAAACAUAAAAAUUAGAAUGUGUAAAAGUAACUUGAGUUAUAUGGUAGAGGAUUAGUACGUACGUAGGGACUCAC